AUGAACAAGGGAAAAAGCUUCACAAGAAGGUACCACAUGAAGGCUCCCACCUCUCAGGUAGAGGAAACCUUGUUUGCUGACCCAGCUCUGCACCAACCUGAUCCAUUCAGGUGGAUUAUUACCAGAGACCAAGUCCGUACAGUCAGGGUCCCAUCGAAGGAUCCCUUGCAAGACGUGCUUCACCUGUCUGCCCCUGAGUGGCAGCACAUCCUCUCAGCCUCCCAGGUUCCCAUGAAGAGUGAGAAGAACGAUGAGGACAUCGAAGCUGCUGCUGAUGAUGAGCUGCACAGACAGAAGCCAAGGAGAGGGAUGGAGGAACUUUAUGAUCAAAUCCUUGAGUGGCAUGAGGAGAAAAAACUGCAAGAGAGGGAGGAGGAAGAGAAAAAGUGGGCUCGAGAAAAGCAGGAGAGAAUAAAGCUGGAGGAUCUCAACGCCAACUAG